GCGCUCGCCGAACAGCAGACGGAUGGGGGCGGUGCCGCUCCAGUUUCUGCGCGCAGGCGCACUCGUGGCUGCCGUGUCCGCCGCGUCCGGGUUUGACGUUCUCCAGUGGAGGCGGUGCUCUCUGUGUUUUCCAGGGACAGAGGGGCUUGCGAUGGCACCGCUGCCGGGGGCAGAGCUGGUCCAGAGGCCGCUGCAGCUCUAUCGGUACCUGCUGCGCUGUUGCCGGGAGCUCCCCACCAAGGGCAUCCAGGAGCAUUACAGACACGCGGUCAGGCAGAGUUUCCGGGUGCAUUCAGAUGAAGACAAUCCUGAGAGAAUCCAGCAGAUUAUUAAAAGAGCCAUUGAAGAUGCGGACUGGGUCAUGAACAAAUAUAAAAAACAAAACUGAGACUCUGGGGCCUGAAGAGCGAAGCUGUCCUGACGGCAUUGAAGUUGAGAGGCCUUCUCCUGGGACGAAUCGCGGCGGCGGCUUUGAACUACCCUUUGGCCUCAGUGGCUGAGCGCAGGAGAUGAGGGGUGGGAGAAGCUGACGCUUGCUCGUUUGCUCGGGUGGCUCUUCCUGCCACACCUGUGUCCCCGGCCUCCUUUAUGCUUGCUUUUCCGGCCAGUUACGGUGUGAGAUUUGGGGAGAAUAGGCUUUCUCCCUUUGCUCUGAGGGUGAUUCAUUUGUUCUGGAUGUUGUCCUUGGAGACUCAGAGGGGGCGACCCCCCACAAUGGCAGACAUGCAGAGGACAGGGCAUGGAUUUUACAGCCGCUCAGGUCUGGGUUUGAAUCUCAGUUCUGCGGCUGGUAAAGGGUGCUGUCUUUGACCUCAGACUUCUCCUCUGUCAGGAUGAAAUACCAUGAGGCUGAAGCAUUGAAUGCAGGACCGCUGCCCUUGCCUCUGCUCCUGCAGUGCUCACGGGUCCCUCUGGCUCACGUGUCCUCGGCGGGCCUUGGUUGUCUGUGGGCUUGUCCUGGCCUGCUUGCUGUCCCUGAACCCUCAUGGCCCCGCCGUGCCUAGCAGUCCACCAAGCCGCCGCUCCUCCUGGCCCUGUCCUUCCUUGCAGUCUUGGUCCUUGCCCUCGCAGAGUUUCUAGUGUCCCUGCAGUGGUGAAACGCAGGCCGCACGGAACCCGGAAGAACAGCACAGCAGCUACUGCAGACGCUGAAGCGUGCAGGCUUCUGUGGUCCCCCAACCUGUCCCGAUGGCCCUGCCUUGCUUUGCCACCAUCUUGGAAGGAAGCAUGGAGGCAUGGAGGAUGGGAAGGAGGUGGGGAGGAAGCAUUCCUGUGGGUUAUGGCGAGCCUGGAAUCUGUGGAGAGACAGGCUGGGUCGCAUCCCUGUUUCAUAGAAGUUGCUCUUGGGUAACAUAGCUGGCCCAGUGCAGCCUCGGUUUCCCCAUCUCCACGGGAGGAACGCCCACACCUGCCUGCCAGGGCCGCAGUGCCGAGUGCUGAGCUGUGACGCGUGCCAAGUGCUUCACGCAGAAGCUGGUCUGGGGGGCUGGGCACUUGGCCGUGGCUCGUUACUGCAGUUAGGGGGCCUUGCUUCACGGGUGGGGAGAUGGGAGCACGGGUUGAGCCCCCUUUCAGGCUCCCCAAGCGACGAAGCCAAGUGUGUCUGAAUGUAUGACACACCGCAGAUUUGGGAGGGAAAGCGGGGCAGCAGAGGGAGGGCAGGCAGCCAGGAAGGACGGAGAGGACAGGCCAGAGCAGAGGAGCCACGCUGGGACCUGAGUGUGCAGAGGGACGAGCUAGCACGCUUGUGACCUGCACCGCGUUAUACAUGUUAAAGUGACUCAGACCCAUCAGUAUGUGCUUGGCUGAGCCGCGAAUGGUGAAGUAAAUAUAUCAAUUUUUGAAA